GUUUUCCGACAAAACUUGUGUAAUUGAUAAGAAGUCUUCGCGUGCAAAAACUCAUUUAAUUUAUGGCUUAAUAUGCGUUCUGUGGUUGGUGUUUGUAAAAUUGCAUUGAGAGCCACAAAUUAUGCUGCUAUUGGCAGAGUUGGUGCGCUUGCUAGUCCGCCGCAGCUGCGACAAUUCGGAGCUGCCGCCUCCACGCCGGCUUGCUGGAAUUGCGAAAAGAAUUCGGUGCUGAAGCAGCACAUGAUCUGCUCGGACUGCGGACACCUGCAGGACGUGGAUGCGGACAUAAACUACUUUGAUCUGCUGAGUUUUCCCACCAACUUCAACCUGGAGGGGCAGCAACUGACGCAGCGUUUCCGACAGCUGCAGACCCUGGUGCAUCCGGACAAGUUCAGUAACAAAACCUCUCGAGAGCAAACGAAUUCGGCGGACUGGAGCUCCCUGAUAAACAAAGCCUACAAGACUCUCGCCAUGCCGAUGGAGCGCGGCCAGUACCUGCUGCAACUGGAGGGCCAGCAGAUGCCGCAGGACAACAGUACGCUUAACAAGGAGUUUUUAAUGGCCAUGAUGGAGCGCAACGAAGAGGUGGAGGAGGCGGAGGACAGCGCUGCACUCGGGGAACUCAAUGCACAGAUUGUGCGGGAACUGCAGGCAAUGACCAAGAAGCUGGGCAUCCAGUUCGAGGCCAAGGAUCUGGUCGGCGUCAAGGGCACCCUCGUGGAGAUGAAGUAUCUGCUGAGCAUCCAGGCGAGCAUCAAACAGAAGCAACAAAGCCUCUUGGGCAGCUGAAAUUUCGAUUGCCAAUGGAGCAAUCGAUAAUCGAUGGAACACACACCUCUGCCUGCCGAUCAGCUGAUAAGAAAAGGUGGACAAAAAAACAAACUAGAAGCAGUAGCAGCAAAAAAUACCUCCUAUAAACAAAGAUCGGGAAUAAAAUUCGCCAUGUAAUUAGUGA